GGUACGAUCGGUUCGGUGACGAUCGUCGCUGCUGUACGGAACGCAUUUUUGUUUUCGCUCUCGGGGUCAGGUCGAGGACGGGAAUCCCCGCCUGCUGCAGCAGACUACUGCGCGUCGCUCUGUGAUUGUGGUGGAUUGUGUUUACUGUCAAGAGGUUAUCGGCUAUCGUCCAGCACCCAGCAAUGGCGCGAUUUUGGUGGUGCUACGCACUGGUGUUCGGUUCGCUGCUGCUGCUCUUAUCGUCACUGUUUGCCCCCGGCCAAGCGCAAACCUGUGGCAGGCGGAUGGUCGAUUUGAUGGCACUCAUCCACAAAGGAAACGCAGCAAAGGCGGGCUACUGGCCGUGGCAUGCGGCGCUGUUUGAAAACAAAAUUCGCUCGUUCGAGUACAUGUGCGGUGGUUCGAUCGUUAGCCAAAACUUAAUCCUCACAGCGGCCCACUGUCUGCUGACGGAGCGGGGACUGAUCGCGGCCGAGCGGCUGCUGGUACAGGUUGGCCGGAACCGGCUGAAGCUGGCCGAUACGCGGGGCCAGGAGCACGAGGCACACCAGCUGAUCACCCAUCCGGAUUUCGAUGUCAACGAUCUGGUGCAUGACAUUGCGCUGAUCAAGCUCGCCACCGAUAUCUCCUUCACGAACUACAUCCAACCGGUGUGCCUCUGGGAUCGGAAUGUGGAUCUGCAGAACAUCGUUGGAACGAAGGGUUUCAUCGUGGGCUACGGUUUCGACGACUCGGACAAGGUGUCAGACUAUCUGAAGGAUGCGGAAAUUCCGGUCGUGGAUAGCUUCACCUGCAUCAACAGCAAUCCGGAAGCCUUUGGGUUGAAGCUGAAGAGCAAGAUGUACUGCGCGGGGGCACGGGAUGGUGUCAGUGCCUGCAAUGGUGAUAGCGGUGGCGGUAUGUUCUUCACGUACGGUAACGUCUGGUACAUUCGGGGCUUGGUGUCAUUCAUUCCGCUGCGCGAUCAGGUCGCGCUCUGUGACCCCAACCAGUACACCGUGUUCACGGAUGUCGCCAAGUAUUUGGACUGGAUUCGGGAACAUUACCGGGAACCGUCGUCCGGAUCGAGCGGUGGUGGUAGCCCCAUAGAGUCCCCCCUGGACCAGAGCGGUAAGCUGCGUCUGCUAAAUUUGGACGUUUGCGGUAAAAGCCGCUACAUGAAUCGAGCCGAAUCGUCGAAACCGGUAUUCUUGGGCUACCCGUGGGUGGCACUGCUGGAGUACGCCGUCGAUGGGGAACGCGAAAAGCAAACGCUCUGCCACGGGACGCUAAUUAGCGAUCGCUACGUUCUAACCGCUGGCCACUGUAUAACGCAGCUACCGAGACGAUCCAGACUAACCACCGUUCGAUUGGGUGAUUAUGAUAUCAAGACGACCCGGGACUGUGAAUCGGUCAACGGAGAACAGGAAUGUGCGCCACCGGUACAAGUAAUGCGCAUCGAAUCGGCCAUAGUGCACAGCGGAUUCAAUACACCCAAGUACGCCAACGAUAUCGCGCUGAUCCGAUUACGCGAACGAGCCGUCAUCUCGCAGAGCAACGUCCAACCAAUCUGUCUACCGGUAAGCAACGAGUUGCGCAGCUUCAAACCAACUACCUACACCCUGACGGCAUGGCCAAUUGGUGGUAACGUACUGGGGCGUGCGGAUCGUCAGGUCGUUGAUUCGGUCGAGUGUCAAGCGAACUAUACCCGGUACUCGAUCACGCUGGAGAAAACAUUCCGACAGAUUUGCUUGAAACAGGACCAGAGCAGUGGAACCCGCUGUACCUUCCCGAAGUCGGCCGCUCCGUUGCAAACGAUACAGCAGUUGAACGGUGAGAAUCGGUACGUUAUGCAUGGGUUGCUCUCGUACGGUCCAAAGAAAUGCAGCCAGGCGUACCCGGACGUGUACACGUACAUCGGUCCAUACAUGGAGUGGAUACUAACCAACAUUCACGAAACAUUGUCAAACUCGAAGAACAUACCGCCACCACUAUCACCAUUGCAGGCACUGACACCAUCCCUGGAACCGGCGCAGUACAUCUGCUUGGUCAGCCUCGGACCGAACGUUUCCCGGUUGCUCUCGAUGCAGUUCUGUACCAACCAUUGCCAACAUAACAUUGGCUCGAAGAUCACUUCUGUAGUGGGGAAUCACACGCCGCACAGCAUGCAUUCGCGCUCGCGGCUCGGUGCACGGGGAUUCCCGCUUUAUGUUGCGUUGAUUGGUCUCGCGGUCGCGGUGCCGCAAGUGUUUGGUCUACUGGAAUGUGGCGAACGAAAGGUGAAGACUGUGUACCUCGUCCAGCAUGGUCUCGAGGCCAAGGAGGGCCACUGGCCCUGGCAUACGGCCAUCUAUCAUCGCGAGGGUAACGAAUUCAGUUACGUGUGUGGUGGCUCCAUCAUCGAUCGGAACACGAUUCUGACGGCGGCACACUGUGUCAUGACCGAUCAUGGACCGAUCGAGCUGGACCGAUUGUCGGUGCAGGUUGGCCGCAACAGACUAUCCGUGGCGAGCGAACGAUCGCAGGAACACCAGGCACUCGAACUGAUCCUGCAUCCCGGUUUCAGCGUGAACAGUGUAGCCGAUGACAUCGCACUCAUCAAGCUGGCCACCGACAUUACGCUGACCAAGUACAUCCAAGCGGUUUGUCUAUGGAACCAGGACGAAAAGUUGGAACUGAUCGCCGGUAAGAACGGUACGAUUGUAGGCUUCGGUCUGACGGAGAACGAUCGCGUAUCGGACUAUCUGCGCCAGGCCGUGAUUGGUGUCGUCGAUUCCUGGACCUGCCUGUCGAGUGACCGGGAAGUGUACGGUCCCACACUGACCAGCGGGAUGUACUGUGCCCGCGGUAAGGCCGGUAUUAGCGCGUGCAACGGGGACAGCGGUGGUGGCAUGUUUUUCGAAUUCGGUGACACGUGGUACGUUCGGGGCAUCGUGUCGUUUAUGCCACUGCGCGAUCAAACCGGUCUAUGCGAUGGUACCAAGUAUACCGUCUUCACCGAUGUGGCCAAGUACCGUGAUUGGAUCGCACAGUUCGUUAACGAAACGCAAGCGUCCGAGCGGCGUGAUCCGCUUUCGGCGGACAAUAGCGCCAAGCUGCGGCACCUUAACUUCAACGCCUGCGGCAUUGCUCCAUCUGCGAGGAACGGAACGAACGGAACGUUUAUGGCGUACCCCUGGCUCGGGUUGAUGCUCGCGACACGCCCAGGACAACGGCCACAAUCAUUGUGCCAGGUAACGCUGAUCAGCGAAUGGUAUGUCGUUGGACCGGCCCACUGUUUCGCCAACGAUGGUAUGGAGCGCACCGUUCGGCUGGGAGAAUACGAUACAGCGACGGAUCCGGAUUGUAUCGAACGCAACGGUAGCCAGCUGUGUGCUCCGUCGACGCAAACGUUACCCGUCCACAAGAUCACCAUCCGUCCGGACUACAAUCCGCUCGGUGUCACCGACGAUCUAGCGUUGGUGCAGCUUGGGCGUCCGGCCGACGUAACGGUGCCAAACGUGAAACCCAUCUGUCUACCGGUGACGAGGGAGCUACGCAGCUACAAACCGCGAAAUUUCAUCGUGAGCACGUUCCUUCAGAGCCAAACCACCACGCUCGUCCGGACGGAACCGAUCUAUCUGAACUCCGUCAACUGCCAGGAGCGGUAUAAAGCCAUCGGUUAUCCAUUGCGCAAAACCCACACGCAAAUCUGUGCCCUGCUUGUACCGCCGUCGUCGCAGAACGAUACUACUACUAGUGCGGAGGAACCGUGCCUUAAGAUGCUGUCCGGAGCACCGCUGCAGGCUCGGCAGGAGCUGGGCAGGCGUGAACGCCACUUCCUACACGGUGUGCUGUCGUUUGGACCGCGCGAGUGUGAUGCUACGGUGCCGGAAAUAUACACCAAUGUGGCCAACUAUCUGGACUGGCUACUGUACAACAUGGUACCGUUGGAGGUGGAUAAACCGGCUUUACCAGGAAGAGUGGUCUUUCCGGAAGAUUAACGAUGCGCAUUCGGCGCUUGCCGUUUGCAUUGGUCACGGGAAAUGGAAAACAAUACAAGAUAUUUCUCUUAAAUAUAUCAAUAUCUGGUCAU